GUCAUCCUCAGUCGCUUUAGCUAUGCAAUCUGCAACCACAUACUUGUGUUGUGAAAUUCACUAUUAACUUAGUACUCCAGCCAAUGCAUUACGUUUUCUGUUGAAGGCUUGAAGCACUCGGCAGACUCAACCAUCAAAAUCCUGCUGCUUUUGCCUGGGUGUCUAAGACACAGAAAGUAAGAGAGUCCAAUUUACAACGCCUUUCUCACUGGAAAUUUGAUUCACUCGAAGUUGAUAAGCGAUGUCUUCUUUGAGUGGAAAUUACUCAAGCUCAAGUGGGCAUAUGUGUACAUAUGAGACUUCUGUGCUGAAAACAAGUCUGACAGUAGAUAAUUUUGGGAGAAGGUUUUUGGGUUGUAGCCAAUAUAAGGUUGGUCCCAAGUGCCCUUUCUUUCAAUGGAUUGAUAAUCCCAUUUGUAUGCGAGGGAAUAAAGCUGCCCAUUUGGUGCAACAAAAGCUGGAUUUACUGCAAAGUGAGCUGCAACAUGCAUAUGAAAGGGAAAGAGUAGCUACCCAGACAGCAGUAGAAGCUACCCAAAUGGCAGAAAUUGCUCUAGACAGGGCAGCAAAAGCCAUUAAAAGGGAGAGAAAGUUUCGAGCUUCCUCUGUUCAAGCCAAGGAGAUAGUAGUGAGAGCUUUAGAGCAAGAGAAAAAGUGCAGAAUUGCACUAAUUCUGUCAUGGUUUUUAUUUUUUUUGUUAUGUUGUUUUCAUGUUUUGGCUCAAGUGAGAAUGUUGGAAUGCUGAGAUUGAGUCUGCUUGGUGGAUUGUAAUGUACAAGCUAGUCCUUAAUUGUAUUGUAAUAAAAUUAUGUAAGAUGGUAGAUGUUGUUGGCUUGAAGCCAC